AUGUCACAGUCUGAGAUAGAACAGUCGAGCCAGUCGGUGGACGAGCAUGCGCAAUUGCAGCCGGACGUGGAAACGUCGAACGAACCAGGUGCAAACUCGGGCACCUCCAAACGCAGUCCUUACGAUCAUUCACCCCAGAUACCCCAACACCUAAAUCAAUCAAAAGGAAAUUUCUAUCAGCCUUAUGCGCAAACAUCAAGCGAUCCAUUUCAAGAAUUACUUCCAAGAACUUUCUACACCAAUAAUAAUGACACCUCAUACUUUCAUCAGCCACCAUCAUAUCCUCCUCAGCCCUACAAUGGCUUUUCAUAUAAUUCCUUUUCUGCCUAUAGCAGCCGCAUGCAAUCCACACCAAUAAACAUGCUCCAUACCGGACAAGUCUCUGCAAAAAAUCCUACGUCUAUUGGCUCUCAACCGUAUUCAACUAGAGCACAGCGAUCUCCAACGCCGAACAUACAGCCGGUUGCGCCCACCCCGAAAGAAGACUACAUAGCCCAGGCUGAGCUCCAAACCGAAUCGUCGCAAACACAACAGCCCCUGCUUGUUGUCCUUGAUAUGAAUGGUACCCUAAUAUACCGGAGACGUCGUACAUUCCCACCCCAGUUUACAAAGCGUCCCGGCCUCGAUACAUUUCUCCGGUAUCUGUUUGACAACUUCAAAGUCAUGAUUUGGACUAGCUCACAGCCACGUACAGUCAAUGAGAUUCUGGGUAAACUGCUACCUCCCGCAAUGGAAAAACAGUUGGUUGGAGUAUGGUCACGCAAAGACCUCGACUUGACCUCUAAACAGUACAAUGAGAGAGUUCAAGUAUAUAAGCGUCUUGAUAAAGUAUGGGGAGAUGCACAUAUCCAGUCCCAAUACCCUAAUGUCGCCGCACAGAAUAUCAAACCGCGGAAGAAGAAAAAUAGAGUGAAGCUUCCACAGAUUCUUGGAAAUGAUGCCCAGGUUUGGGACCAGACUAAUACCAUCCUCAUCGACGACAGCAAAUUAAAAGCUGCUGCCCAACCCCAUAAUAUUAUUGAGAUACCCGAAUUCACCAACGACAGUCAAGUGGAUGAAAUCAAGAACUUAAACACUGUCAUACGUCAGCUAGAUAUACUAUCCCGCCAGAAGGACGUUAGCCGCAAGCUAAGGGAGUGGAAUCAGGGACGGCCGGAUGGAGACAGUGACAGCAUUGAGGUAGAUGCUUUCUGGAAGAAAGAGCUGGUACACUCCUCUUUGGACCUAAAUACACUUGAGUCGGUCACGUUCCAGGAAAAGACGGUUACUAGUAAUACUACCAAGACAGCGAAGGACCCUGAGGUACCCCCAUCCCUCACAAUAGAGCAACUGAUCAAUGCGGCGAAAAAAUCACACGCAACAAAUAAACAACAGAAGGGCAAUGCUACAAAGAAAGAAGCAGCUGGCGAGGAACCCAAGCGCCUUGACGACGGAAAGCCAAGACUGACCAAGAACCAAAAGCGGGCUGCAGCAAGAAGGGCAGCGAAGCUCAAGAAAGCCGGGUCUAAGAAACCUGACCCCGUUGAUAGUACAAACAAACGGGACAGGGACACUGACUCAGUAUCGAGUACCUCGAUAAGUGGUGGUGUUUUGUUGCCUACUCUCAGUAAUUGA